AUGACGGACACAGUUUCUGCAGUUGGGCAGGUUGAUGCCCAGCCUACAGCCGCGGCGGACGGGGUUGUUGACGGUCAACGUGUUGAAGCCCCCGUUACUUGGAAGACGUACCUGAUGUGCGCCUUCGCUGCCUUUGGUGGUAUUUUCUUCGGAUAUGAUUCUGGUUAUAUCAACGGUGUUAUGGCGAUGGACUACUUUAUCCACGAGUUCACAGGAAAGAACAAGGCCGACUACGUGGAUGAUCCGGAUAGUUUUGUCAUCUCGGCUUCCAAUAAAUCCCUUAUCACCUCGAUUCUGUCUGCCGGAACUUUCUUUGGUGCUCUCAUCGCCGGUGAUCUUGCCGAUUGGUUCGGUCGUCGCACGACUAUCAUUAGCGGUUGUGGAAUUUUCAUGGUUGGUGUGGCUCUACAGACUGCCUCUACCACUGUUGCCUUGUUGGUGGUUGGCCGUUUGAUUGCUGGGUUCGGUGUCGGCUUUGUCUCUGCCAUUCUCAUUCUUUACAUGUCGGAGAUCUCUCCCCGCAAGGUCCGUGGUGCUAUCGUUUCCGGAUAUCAGUUCUGCGUCACCAUUGGUUUGAUGCUGGCUUCCUGUGUGGAUUAUGGCACCGAGAACCGCACUGAUUCCGGCUCAUACCGUAUUCCUAUUGCGCUGCAACUGCUUUGGGCCAUUAUCCUAGCAGUAGGAUUGUUUUUUCUUCCCGAAUCGCCUCGUUACUAUGUGCGAAAGGGGGAUGUGGCCAACGCAGCUAAGGUGCUUGCCCGUGUCCGUGGCCAGCCUCAAGAAUCCACCUACGUCAAGGAAGAAUUGGCAGAAAUCGUGGCCAACAACGAAUAUGAAAUGCAGAUGAUCCCCCAGGGUGGUUACUUUGCUACUUGGUUCAACUGUUUCCGCGGCAGCAUCUGGUCUCCUAACAGCAAUCUCCGCCGGACCAUUCUGGGUACCUCACUCCAGAUGAUGCAACAGUGGACUGGUGUCAAUUUUGUCUUUUACUUCGGUACCACCUUCUUCACGACCCUCAAAACCAUCAAAGACCCCUUCCUAAUCAGCAUGAUCACCACCAUUGUCAACGUUCUUUCUACCCCUAUCUCAUUCUACACAAUGGAGAAGAUUGGUCGUCGACCCUUGCUACUCUGGGGUGCGCUGGGCAUGGUUAUCUGCCAAUUUAUUGUGGCCAUCGCUGGUGUCGUUGACGGCCAAAACCCCCAAACCGUCAGCGCUCAGAUCUCCUUCAUCUGCAUCUACAUCUUCUUCUUCGCCUCUACUUGGGGCCCUGGUGCUUGGGUUGUUAUUGGCGAAAUCUACCCACUGCCCAUCCGUUCUCGCGGUGUUGCUCUGUCGACCGCCUCUAACUGGCUCUGGAACUGCAUCAUCGCCAUCAUCACUCCAUACAUGGUCGACCCUGAUAAAGGUUACCUUCAGUCCAAGGUGUUCUUUAUCUGGGGCUCUCUAUGCGCCUGCGCCUUUGUCUACGCCUACUUCCUGAUUCCCGAGACCAAGGGUCUCACACUCGAGCAGGUUGACAAGAUGAUGGAGGAGACUACGCCGAGAACCUCCGCUAAGUGGAAGCCUCACAGCACCUUUGCCGCCGAUAUGGGUCUCACCGAAAAGGAUGUGACUAUGACCGUUGAAGAUGUUGCCCAUAAGGCUUAA